GAGAGUCGGGUACCAGACCAAUUGAUUGACAAUCGAAAUUCGCUGCAGGUGUGCAUGCACGUUCUUCGUACACACACACGACGCAUUCGGAGACUUGGACUUGGAAGAAUUCGUCGAAUUGAAAACUGGUGAAGCAGAACGCUGUGCUGAAGAGAAACUGACUGUGGGGAACACAGGACAUUGCCGGGCAAGCAGAGUGACGGUUGCGACGCUGUGGGCGACUUGUUACGACACAUGCUGUAAUUUAAUCACAAGCAAUCAGCCGUCCACGUAUACAACUCUCCCGGUCUCGAGCUGUAAUCAGAGGUUAUUUUACUUGAAUUGAAAUGAGCCAGAAGUAUUGAUGCUAAUCUUCUGAAGGGACCUAAGUAGCAGGCUUGAGCGUAACGGGACACUCUGUACAGGUUAGUCCAGACAGGGAGGCAAGAUUGCUACUACCGGGUACCAAGACGCUGCCAACCUGACGACCUUCGUCCAAUUUCCCUCGUACCCCCUGACCAUCCUACCCACCCCUGCGUUGCCGCACCACCACCCUCCACCUCCCCCCCUCUACACCAUGACCAGCCCAGAGGACACGUCCGGUAUGGUGGGCAACAGUGACACGCCUAGUGUCACGCUCACCAUCAGGCUCAUCAUGCAAGGAAAGGAAGUUGGCAGCAUCAUAGGCAAGAAUGGUGAAACUGUCAAAAAAUUCAGAGCAGAGAGUCAAGCACGAAUCAACAUCUCAGACUGUUCGUGUCAAGAGAGAAUCGUCACCAUUUCUGGAUCCCCUGAAUCAAUAAACGUGGCAUUUUCUCUCAUCACAAACAAGUUUGAGUUGGAUUUGUCGACCAAUCCAAAUAACAACACUCCUAGCGGGGCCCCUAAGCCACCGGUCACACUAAGGCUGAUAGUACCGGCCAGCCAGUGCGGAUCGCUGAUCGGGAAAGCUGGCGCCAAAAUCAAAGAUAUCCGAGAGACCACAGGGGCAUCAAUACAGGUUGCCAGUGAGAUGCUACCAAACUCCACAGAAAGAGCCGUAACGAUCUCAGGAACACCAGAAGCAAUAACUAAGGCUGUCCAUCACGUCUGCCGCGUUAUGCUCGAGUCGCCACCCAAGGGGGCCACAAUCCCCUACCGACCCAAGCAACAUUCAACUUCUAUCAUCUUUGCUGGCGGUCAGGCAUAUGCAGUUCAUGGUAACUAUGCUGUGCCACAACCAGAUGUCGGGAACCAGUUGUCCAAGCUGCAAUAUGCCAUGCAACACACAACCACCCCCUUCAUCCCAGGGCAGUCCCAUUUUCCUGCAGGUGCAAUACAGCAGUAUAGCGCCGCUGCUGCUAACACUGUGCCAGUAGCACCAACCAACCAACAGACUCACGAGAUAACGAUACCGAACAGUGUUAUCGGCUGUGUCAUUGGAAGACAGGGUAGCAAGAUCCAAGAAAUAAGACAACUAUCGGGAGCAAACAUCAAAAUCAACGAUGUCAAAGAGGGCAGUCCGGACCGAGUUGUGACCAUCACUGGCCAGACAGACAGCAUUGCUUUUGCCCAGUAUCUCAUCAAUUUCAGCCUUGAGACGGCCAAAAGCCAGACCUCUGUGACCGUUGACCCAUCUGUGACCUCGAUGACCUCAUUCACCACCUCUUCAUCACCCACCACCCUGACCCCGAAUUCCGCACCCUCGCCGACAAUCUCCCAAGACAUGACUCCUCUCUCAAACAUACUGAUGAAACCUGUACCGUUGCUCAGUUUGGAUGCCCUACAGCAGGCCAGCAAUGCUUACACAACCAAAAUCCGCACUGCUACGGUAGCCGCAGUCGCUGGAGCUAAGAAAUUCUCCCCAUACUAACUCCACACUGCACGUUCUUUUUUUGUUGUUUUUUUUCGCUGGUUCACGCUUUUUUGUUUGUUUUUUCUUUCGUUGUUUGUUUUAAUGAAGGGAUCAUGAUCCAAGUUGGCACUUUUUGUUUUGAUAUGACUUCUGAUGACACAGGUGAAGAGUGAACUUUUUUUUGUUUUCCAUAUGUGAUGUAAUUGCUGUUUCACUUUGUGCUUCCAAUCCAAGCCAAGUAAUAGUUUUAGUGUCACAAAUUUAAAAAAUGUGGGGAAGAUUGACAUGGACACUCAAGUCAUGAUUGCUAAAUUAACUGAUUUGAAUCUUAUAGAGAACAGUAUUGAGGUGAGUUGCGGACUACCGGUUUUGUAAAACCACAGAAAUUAAUUUUCAUUUCUGCCUGUAAACCGGCUAUCUAAUGUGCAUAAUCGAGGGAAAUGGCAGUGUUCCUUAUACCAGGUUCACAAUAGACGCAGUGACUACAUUUAACAGGGGUGUACUAAUAUAUUGACCGGUGGUUAGGGCAAUAGUGGACAUCUAUGCACCUUUGGGGAGUGGGGACUGUGAGUUGACCAUAAGAGUGCCCUAAAAACAGAACCCUCUUAAGGGUCACUCACAAUCCCAAGGUUUGGAUAACUGAACAAUAGUGUCAAAAAAUGUUAACUUUGUAUUUUAUACCGCCCAGUACCAAGUCUUGUACAACCUUUUUUUUUUUUUUUUUAUUGAGAACAGCUUACUUUCGGCAUGCUCAUCCAUGCAUUUGGACAAUGCCUAGGCAUGCUAAGACAUGUUAGAAAUGUAGUUAUUUUCACCUCGGGUUUGACCGCUGAACUGAAAAUCUAGAUGAAAAACGUCACUGUUCUCUACACAAAUACAAACCUGACUUGACAAUGGCUAUAGAUGCAAGUCUCAACUGACCACAAUCAGAAAAUCAGCUUUCAGUUUUGAUAAAUCGAUAAACGUUAAAGUAAAAAUGACAUAUUGGACGAAAUCAAGUCUUCCACUUGGUUCAUAAUGUUGUCAUUGCAAAGAAUGUAACUUAACAUUUAGAUCAUUACAACAAAGAGACUUUAGUAGGGUUUGAUUAUACAUUUGUCGAGGACAUUAUUUAGUUGUCCUAGACGUUAUUGAAAUUGUCUCAGAUGGUUAUGCCAAUCAGUAUUUUAGUUUUGGUGGACUGGGGAAGGAGUCUGACAUUUACAUGUAGGUUUUGGAGGGAAAUUAAGUCUGGUAUCCUAACUGCGUUUGUUUAAUGAGGCUCCUUACAGCUGCUACAUGACGCUCUUACCAGAAGAAGACGGGGAACUAGAGUGCAUGGUAGGAAAACAAAGACAGCUUUGAGGACGCGUCUGAAUCUCGUGUCUAGCUAUUGCCUUGGCCAUUGCUCGUAACAACUACAUGUGAACAAGCUGACAGUAGACACGGCCGUAGCUCUGGAAGUCCGUUUUUGACACAGCCUAGGAUUGUAUUACCUACUUAAGUAGGUGUGGUCAUGGGAUACUGUUCAAACAGAGGACUAACAAGACUGUUCGCGUGUGGAAGAUGCAGACAACGCACCUAGGAAGUUGUGCAUUUAACUUUGAUAAGUAAAGCUACAGACCAACUGGAGGUUUGUAGGAAGUAGAGUCCGAAUUACAUUCAUCCACUUUCAUCAGUGCAUGUGUAAUUGCCGGCCGUAGACUAGUUAUUUUAGACGCAGCCAAGAAAAAUGUCAAAUAAUUGAGGACCUUUGAGAAGUUGAGGCUUUUCUUUUUCAUUUUUAGUCGACUGGAUGGGAGUUGUCAUGUUAGAGCUCUUGGAAAUAUGAUGUUCAUUAAAAUGGACGAAAUGUUGGCUAGUCCUUGGUAGCAGUGCGGAAGUGCUGGGUUGAGGAAUGAUCUUGUUUUAGUUUCACCAUCGGAAGUACAUUGGCUGUUGCUACUGAAGACUGUAAUAGGAAAGAGAUGUAUGUACUUGGCCUCAUGCGCUGCAGUGCCAAGCACACGUUCAUUCGAAGCAUAGUGAGAUUUGGGAAUGCAUGUAUUCCCUUUCAGUAAGGUACUUCAACUUGAAUGUUUCUAGUUUCCAUCGUGAACAGAGGGACUUCUAGAACAAGCGACAGUAGAUUUUAGCAUGCAUAUUUGCUACGUCAAUGGGAUACCCUAAUUGCUGUGGAAACAGUUGCGGAAGUCUCGCCUUCAACUCAUAAUUUUAAUACAGUUUUAGAGUGCUAAAUUUUGACGUGAUUCACUUCCAUCGAACUGAAAAUGAUUUUCUGAUUGUAGUUUCUGUUCAGUUAUUGGUAAGAGGUUUUGUGGGGGGGGGGGGGGAUAAAAGUUUUAGAGUGAACCAGCGAAAAGCGCAUGUUUAAAUGCACCUGUAUGCGUCAUCAUCACAUCAUGUACAUAAUGUGUCAUCACCCAGCUUAUGUCUUGACAGUAAUGUACUAGUAUGCGCACUUGUUUGUGUGGGUUUUAGUCAAUCUUUGAAUGAAGAAACAUAGCUGGCUAUAACAUAACCAUGCAGCAGCAUCAUGGACAGAUAAAUUAUAAUUUAUUUCCAACUUUUUUCCAAUGAUUGUUUUUCCUCCGAGUCUUUGUAUUCAUGUUUUAGUAUUCCAAACCAUAGUUAAUCUUCCAUUGUAUUUAAGAGGCUCCUAAUUAAGUAGUGUAUGUAAUUGACCGAGAUUUUUGAGACCGUGGCAUACAAGGGUUUUCUUUCGUCCGUCCAUAAAGUCAAAGAGUCACAGACAAUUUUUUUCCAAGCAUUGAUGAAAUUGAAGCACACACCAAGCUAGAUAAUUUUACUCCAUACUUUGGUAUUACAAUUCAUGUGUGCUCACGUAGCAAGGGUGUGUGCCAAGUUUUGAUCAGGUUGGUAUUAAAACAUGUACAUUUUUGGGGCAUGACUGUAGAAACAAAACGCAUCUUCCACUUUUUUGACAUAAUUAUGUAUAAAUUUAGCAAAAGUAAGGCUGUACAAAAAAAUAAAAACGAUUUGGUGCGUGGAUGUUACGUAAGGUACGUGUAUAGCCUAGCUAGCCUGUUUCGAAUGGUAGUAGAUAUAGUUGUUAUGAUGUUAUACAACAACUUCACUAAUUUCAAUAACUAGUAGUGUUCAUUAGUCCGUCUUGUAGAUCGUGUUGCAUGUGUGAUAACUAGUUUGAGUUUUCACCACAAGAGCAUCGGUUUGGUAUCUGACAUGCAGGUUAGCUGUCCGUCAACAAGCAGAAAAUAAUAGUCUGUCUGACUAUUCAAGAAAAGAGAUUUUUCUGUGUACA